AAUCUUAAACUAACCGCGAAACAAACAUCCAAAAUUUCAAUCCCAACUUCCUCUUGUCACUUUCUUCAAUUCUUUCUUCUAAUUCAUUAUUCAUUCAUACACUCAUUUACUCAAUUCUUUUCCCCCUCAAUCAAAUCAACCAAUUUCCUUUCUUAUCGUAUUCAAUUCAUAACUAAAAGCUAAUUCGUGUUUCAAUUCUUAUUACGAGAGGCAACAAUGCAGGAAUAGGAGAGGGGUCGACCGCGAUUGAAGCGUCGUUCAGGGUUGCUCCAUCGCGUGUUAGGACUUGAAGAAAGAAUUGCAAAAAGUGUCGAAAAUUUCAAACGUCUUAACUCUGCGACACACAAAUUGGGGAGGAUCCUAGUAUUAUGGCAACAUCAGAUAGAUUGCCACGGACCACACCAGGCCUGGGACUGCCAUUCGAAGCAUAUAAUAAUAAUUUUCAACAUGAUUCCCUUUCAGUCCCACAUCAAUUCUCGGAUUCUGCGAGCGUCGGUUCAUCGGAGAAUGUUGCCAUGAAAGGGAAAAAGAGAGCUGGUUCUCAGCAUGCUGUUCGACCCAAAACCUACUCGUCCGCCUCAUAUAGGACCUACAGUACGCAAAACACACAAUCGACAACUAGCACGCAUGCACAGAAUCGAGCAGCUCAAAGAGAGGUUCGUUCACUUCCUUCCUGGAUAGAUUCAUAUGAAGAGGACGAUCCAGCAUCGCUACAAUCCAAAAGAGUUUCCACCCCUUUGAGAAUACAUCCAGCACAGCAUAAUUCGACACCAACUCAAUCUUCGCGAAGAAUAUCUCUCGAUGGAUAUGUUGAAUCCGAUGAUGAUACGUAUAAUGCCAUAAGCGACAAGAAAGUAGAGACGGGAUUCUUUGGAGGUCUGCGCGAACCGGUCAGAGGUAGGAAAUGGGAUCAUGCUAGAGACGCGGAACCUGUCAUUCUCAGAGCCGGGGUACAACCAAAUGCAGCUGUAUGGCGAACCUUUAUCAAAGCAUCAUCGUAUGGUGUGCCCGAAGGAGAGGAUCGCAAAUUAGUCGAUCAGUCAUUUUUAAAUAAUUUAACUCCCGGUUACGAUAGACCAUGGUGCGGGGAUCUUGAGAAGGGUGAAGGUGACGAUGACGAUAACAUUACAUCUCUCAUAUACAACAAAAGGAAACGGGAAACCUUUUUGAAACGCGUGCAGCAAACCAUUCUCAUGAACCCCUAUGUUCCCCUUAUCUUUCGACUCAUUGUGCUUAUAACUUCAAUAAUCGCCUUGAGCAUUGCAGCCUCGGUUCAUCAUCUUUCGAACAAAUACUCCUAUUCUCAAAGUCCAUCUACAACUAUGGCAAUUGUAGUAGAUGUGAUUGCAAUUCCGUAUACUCUCUACAUGACCUGGGAUGAAUAUACGGGUAAACCUUUAGGCCUUCGAGCACCGAAAGCCAAAAUUCGACUCGUUCUUUUAGAUCUCUUUUUCAUUAUUCUUGAGGCUUCUAAUUUGACAUUAGCUUUUGAUGCGAUAUCAGAUGAUAGCGGGAGCUGUAAAGUCGGAAAUACGGGAUACAACGGUGUGGUAUGCCAUAGAGCUAAAACACUCUGUGCCAUAAUAACUAUAGCAUUGCUCGCAUGGGGAAUGACUUUUGCAGUUAGCAUAUUCCGGCUUGUGGAAAGGGUGGGUGGUCGAGAAGAGGCCGAAUGAGUACAUACUAUCUCUGUCUCUUCAGACAAUAUUUUUUUCUUUAGUAAAUAUGGGCCAAUUGAAGGCAAGGCGUUGGGUAUAUAUCAGUUGGGUUGAAAAAAUAGAAAAGCAAAAUUUGUACAUUGGAAUUGUUUUAUAUGUCAGCGAGCACUGAGACUUGAAGCUACUCUCAUCGUCUCAACACUAAUGCGAUAAUAGGAGUAGAUGAGAGCGCCUUUUUCAUUUGUCAUAACAUCAUUUAGAUAUAGAUCUAAAGCAUGCGAAGAGAAACUUUAUUUAAACGCCAAUCAGGAUGUUUUAAGCCACGAAAGCCUAUCAUUUAUCUCGUCCGCGCACGACUAAACUCGUCACACAUAUUCUUGGGCUCUAACGAAUGGCGUGUGUUGGAGAAAUCUGAAAAUGUUUCUACAGCUUUAAAUGGCUUCAUCUAUUUGAGUGAUAGCUGCUUCUUCGCAAGCAGCUUCCCCGCACAAAUUUCAUGUACCUAUGUGCCAAUAUUUGUAGGUCUCCUCGAUGAAUUAUGAGCAGCACAGAGAGACUACUUCGU